ACGCCCCGUCCGCCCCCACCCCGCCCCCACCCCGGGCGCGCCCGCCUGCCCGCCCGCAGCCCGGGGCGCACACCCGCACGCACGCUCCCCCUCCACACACUCACGCACUCCCGCGCCCUCCCUCCGCACCCGCGACCGAGCUCCGCCACGCGCGCCUUGCCAGCCCGCCGGCCGCCCCCGCCGCCCCCGCCGCCCCCGGGCCCCGAUGGACUGAAUGAAGGCUGCCUACACCGCCUAUCGAUGCCUCACCAAAGACCUAGAAGGCUGCGCCAUGAACCCGGAGCUGACAAUGGAAAGUCUGGGCACUUUGCACGGGCCGGCCGGCGGCGGCAGCGGCGGGGGCGGUGGCGGGGGCGGCGGGGGCGGCGGCGGGGGCCCGAGCCAUGAGCAGGAGCUGCUGGCCAGCCCCAGCCCCCACCACGCGGGCCGCGGCGCUGCUGGCUCGCUGCGGGGCCCGCCGCCGCCGCCAACGGCGCACCAGGAGCUGGGCACGGCGGCAGCGGCAGCGGCGGCGGCAUCGCGCUCGGCCAUGGUCACUAGCAUGGCCUCGAUCCUGGACGGCGGCGACUACCGGCCCGAGCUCUCCAUCCCGCUCCAUCACGCCAUGAGCAUGUCUUGCGACUCGUCCCCGCCCGGCAUGGGCAUGAGCAACACCUACACCACGCUGACGCCGCUCCAGCCGCUGCCGCCCAUCUCCACCGUGUCGGACAAGUUCCACCACCCGCACCCGCACCACCACCCGCACCACCACCACCACCACCACCACCAGCGCCUGUCGGGCAACGUCAGCGGCAGCUUCACCCUCAUGCGCGACGAGCGCGGGCUCCCGGCCAUGAACAACCUCUACAGCCCCUACAAGGAGAUGCCCGGCAUGAGCCAGAGCCUGUCCCCGCUGGCCGCCACGCCGCUGGGCAACGGGCUGGGCGGCCUCCACAACGCGCAGCAGAGCCUGCCCAACUACGGGCCGCCGGGCCACGACAAAAUGCUCAGCCCCAACUUCGACGCGCACCACACUGCCAUGCUGACCCGCGGUGAGCAGCACCUGUCCCGCGGCCUGGGCACCCCGCCUGCGGCCAUGAUGUCGCACCUCAACGGCCUGCACCACCCCGGCCAUGCUCAGUCCCACGGGCCGGUGCUGGCGCCCAGCCGCGAGCGGCCACCCUCGUCCUCGUCUGGCUCGCAGGUUGCCACAUCGGGUCAGCUGGAGGAGAUCAACACCAAAGAGGUGGCCCAGCGCAUCACCGCCGAGCUGAAGCGCUACAGCAUCCCACAAGCGAUCUUCGCGCAGAGGGUGCUGUGCCGGUCUCAGGGGACUCUCUCCGACCUGCUCCGGAACCCAAAACCGUGGAGUAAACUCAAAUCUGGCAGGGAGACCUUUCGCAGGAUGUGGAAGUGGCUGCAGGAGCCCGAGUUCCAGCGUAUGUCCGCCUUACGCCUGGCAGCGUGCAAACGCAAAGAGCAAGAACCAAACAAAGACAGGAACAAUUCCCAGAAGAAAUCGCGCCUGGUGUUCACCGACCUCCAACGCCGAACACUCUUCGCCAUCUUCAAGGAGAACAAACGCCCGUCCAAAGAGAUGCAGAUCACCAUUUCCCAGCAGCUGGGCCUGGAGCUGACGACCGUCAGUAACUUCUUCAUGAACGCCCGGCGCCGCAGCCUGGAGAAGUGGCAGGAUGAUCUGAGCACAGGGGCCUCCUCGUCCACCUCCAGCACUUGUACCAAAGCGUGAUGGAAGGACUCUCGGGCGGGCACAGGUCGCCUCCGGAUGAGGACAACCGACACCAAAAGAGAACGCAAAGGAAAAAGACACCGGAUUCUUAGCUGGGGCCCUUCACUGGUGAUUUGAAAGCACAAUUCUCUCGAAAAGAAACUAUUCUAGCUGUAAUCAUAGGCCAGGUGUUCUUUUUUUGUUUUCUUUUGUAAUGGCGAUGGAGUCCAAGUGCAAGCUGAAGAUUCAUCUCUUUGAACCGGACAUUGUCCUCCGAGCAUGCUAAGCGUCCCAGAAACCCAAAUGGGGCCUUCCUGGAGCGAGUUAGUUUCAGUGUGGUGUCAGCCAAGCUCAGGAUCACUUCCAAUGCCAACGGUCUCGCUUUGGGGCCCGUUUCAGUCAGGGCUCCCCCGUGUCACAGUGGGAAUUUGGCCUGUGGAAGGAUUCUGAGAUUGGGCUCCCAAGACGCUACUAUGAGAGAUUCUUCUGGCAACAAGAAUGACCUCAUUUGCUUUCUGAGUGCUUGGCCUCAUCAUACCACAGUACACCAAAGUUCACAGCCAUAACGUAGAAAAAAAAAGGCAAAAAAACCCCAAAACAUCAGAAUGAUAAUUACUGAGCACAACUUUUAAAUAUGGAAAUUAAAAACAAAAAAUCCAAGGACCUGUUUUUCCAACUCAGGCAUCGUUCCAUUGAAUGGUUUAGAGAGCUUUAAGUUGAUCCAGUUUACAAUUUUCUUUUCCUUACCUCCUGGAAAUCUCACGUGGUCUUGGAUCCAUCAAAAAAAAAAAAAAAAAUCAGUUCUCUCGAGCUCAACGUAUCAAGCACAACGUAGAUAAACAGAGAAGUAAGGAAGGUUCUGGAUUCACCACAUCUGGAUUUUCAAGACGCUGAUUGUGAAGUCAUGAGGGAACCGUUGGGAAUAUGGCUUCAAGCACAUUUUGCAGUUUGCUACAAAUUCUGUUUGUACAUAAUGCAGACACGCACACUCAGGAGGCCAAUUUAACUGUUACGGUACAUGGAGCAAAUGCAGCAUUUUAAAAGAUCUAGAUUUUUUUAGAUCAUUAAUGUUCCUUCUCAGUUAUCAGUCACCUGGUUCCUCCUAUUGUGCAUUGUAACCGCCACGUAAUUCAUUCUCACUCUUUCAGACUUCAGUUAUUUCCACAUCCAUCCCAUUGGUAGGGACGUUUUUCAGUGUUUUCUAGCAAGAAAAAAAAAAAAAAAAAGUAAUUCAAACCACCGUACGGGUUACUCAUGAGGGUCAUCUAGUCCCAAAUCUCUUCCAUUGUCGAAUCAUCCUCGCGAAACAGCUGAGUAAAUCUGGAGAAGACACAGCACACCAAAGAAGCAGAAUACUGCAAACCAAAGACAUUUAUUACUUGCCAUUUUCUAGCCUAAAGAUACUGUGAUUACUUUUAGAAAUCAGAAAACCUCUGCGACUCCGAAUGGCAUUCAGCUCUUGCAUCUGGCUCACCAUCGGGCUGAGCGAAGCGGCUAGCCAAGCCACCCAGGGAGCGGCUUUGCCGCGCCAGCUCUGGUUCCCGGCUGUCACCUUCCCACAGCGAGGGGAAGAGCGCCCACAGAACUCUGGGAGAUUGCGAAGGUCACGAUGUGCAUACUUACCAGUGAAUGGCCCCAGGGGGGCACCAUGGGGGUGUUCAAAGCAAGCCAAACGCU